CGUUUCCGUUCGUGUAGAAAGUCGAUCAGUUCCGUAUUCCAUCGUCGAGCUCACGAGUGUGCAGUCGUGUGACAUGUCGUUCCGAAGCGAGAAUUUCGCCGUUGACAUAGGAGAUAUGCGAAUAAAAUACAAAGAUAAAAGAGAGACUUUCACGGAGGAUAGCUUAAUUAGUAAAGAACCCAUUGGGCAGUUUAAAGCAUGGUUCGAGGAAGUAUGCAAUACUCCGCAAAUUUUGGAACCUAACGCGAUGCUUCUCGCGACAGCGACCAGGGACGGUGUGCCAUCCAUGCGCGCGGUGUUGCUGAAAGGCUUUGGUACAGAAGGCUUCAAGUUUUACACGAAUUACGACAGUAGGAAAGGCCAUGAAUUAGCCGAAAACCCACACGUGGCGCUAACUUUCUAUUGGGAAUCUCUCAGACGAAGCGUACGUAUCGAAGGUAUUGCAGAGAAAACGUCAGCGGAAGAUUCGGACCGUUAUUUCCAGAGUCGGCCGUAUGCGAAUCAAAUCGGAUCCAUGUCCAGUAAACAAAGCAGCGUGAUCGCUAGCAGACAGACUCUCAUUGUAAAAGAAAGAGAACUGCUCGCGAAAUUCCCAGAAGGUCAAGUUAAAAGGCCCGAUUGCUGGGGUGGUUAUCUCGUCGUACCACAUUCCGUAGAGUUCUGGCAAGGGCAGAGCGAUCGUCUUCACGACAGGAUUCGUUUUAGACGUCCAAAAGCAAAUGAGAGAAUAGACAAUAUACUCGUCAAAAAAGGAGAGAACGGGUGGGUUUACGAAAGACUUUCACCAUAGAAAAAAUCGCUGUAUUCUAAUUGAGGAAAGACGCGAGGAUGAACAGUUUUCACAUGUAUAAAAAUCAGUCAACCAAUCUUCGCUGCAAAAAAAUCAUGCUACUGUUAAUAAGUGCAACAUUCCGAGCCGUUAUCUCGUACUUCCACGAAGACAAUAAUGUUACGUACCAAGUAUGUAAUAUUCUUAAUGCGGUUUUCUCGUGAGUUUCAGGAUUUCUCUGUUUACUCCUGAAAUGUGUACGGUUGAUAUAUUGUUGAAUCAACAAAGAAAUAUAUCUAUGAUUAUCGUUAAU